AUGGCUGCAUAUGAGUGUCGAGUCAAGUCAGAUCCAUCACGCUCGUCGAAUGGACGCUUCCAGAACCGCGAACUGGUAAUCAUCAUCCGUCAUCAGAUUCACCGAACACAGCCAACGGCUGAGGUGAUACAACGGUCAGCCUCGUUCACCCGCCUUACCACUCUGGGAGAAGCUAGCGCUGAUAGUUCUUGCCGUGAGAGAUGGAUCUACUGGAACGUGCAGCCGGUGCCUGUCAAUGUCAAGCUCGAGGGACGAUCCGAGCCCCGCUGUCAAGUCUAUCACGCCGGCGACCAGGCGACCAGGGCAAGGGACCUGGGCCAAGAGCUGGAGCUGGAGCUCAUGGAAAGGGUGUAUGUAUGUAUGUACUGUACAGGAGUAUCCAUCAAUCUCUCAUUGGUCACAACGGUCGUCAACUCGAAACUCGCCACCCAAACCCUCGUAACGCUGAACUUUCGUAGAUGCUGUGCAAGCAUAGAAUGCACCCCCGAAAUCCAGAAAUCCGGGGGCAGCCAUGCUGUGCCAGUCAGGGCCAAGAGAAAACGAGCAACGAAGUUUGUCACCAGCGACGGGUGGCCGGACAAGGCCAAUCAGUAUACAGGAUCUGCGAUCUUGCUCAUAACUGCGCUCCAAUCAGCAAGGCAGGGGCAUUGUGCCCCGGUCGAAGCUCCGGUUUCUCCCCGUGGAAAUAACACAUGGUACCCGGUAGGCGCCGUGCGUCAACUUGGUGUUGGUGUUGGCGUUGGUGUUGGCAUAGACAGUUGA